AUGGCUGGUGGAGUCAUAGUAACUGGCUCUGCCGGAGGGAAAAAUUAUCCUGGCGAACUCACGUUCAGGGUCUUCAUCACAUGCGUGGUUGCUGCAUUUGGAGGAUUAAUUUUUGGUUAUGAUCUUGGCAUAUCAGGUGGCGUCACAUCUAUGGAUCCCUUUUUGAUGAAAUUCUUUCCGGAAGUGUAUGAAAUGGAGGUCAACAUGAAGCCCUCUGAUAGCCAAUACUGCAAAUUUGAUAGCCAAACCUUAACACUGUUCACUUCUUCUUUGUAUUUGGCUGCUCUUGUGGCCUCAGUUGGGGCUUCCACAGUCACUAGAAUCUUUGGAAGACGUUUCACUAUGAUUUCUGGUGGUGUGCUUUUCCUUGCUGGUGCUGCAUUGAAUGCCUUUGCUCAACAUGUUUGGAUGCUUAUCGUUGGCCGCAUGCUACUUGGUUUUGGCAUUGGAUGUGCAAAUCAGUCUGUGCCAAUAUAUGUGUCCGAGGUUGCACCCUACAAGUAUAGAGGAGCACUUAACAUGAUGUUCCAAUUGGCAAUUACUAUUGGUAUCUUUGUGGCCAAUGUCCUAAACUAUGUUUUUGCCAAAAUGAAAAACGGGGAAGGAUGGCGCUAUAGCUUGGGUCUUGCUGCAGUUCCUGCAGUAAUGAUAAUCAUAGGUGCAAUCUUUCUUCCUGAUUCCCCAAAUUCCUUGAUUGAACGUGGUCAAGAUGGCAAAGCCAAGGAAGAGUUGAUUAAAAUUCGAGGAACUACCGACGUUGAAGAGGAGUUUCAGGAUCUUGUUGCGGCUAGUGAAGCCUCCAAAGUUGUGAAACACCCCUGGGCCACUUUGUUGAAGAGGGAAUAUAGGCCUCAACUCACGAUGGCCAUAGCCAUUCCCUUUUUCCAACAACUCACUGGUAUGAAUGUUAUUACUUUUUAUGCUCCUGUUUUGUUCAAAACCAUUGGUUUUGGUGGCACAGCUUCUCUCAUGUCUUCUAUGAUCACUGGUGCUUGUAAUGCAUUGGCCACUCUUGUUUCAAUUUUCACUGUUGACAAGUUUGGAAGACGUACCCUUUUCUUAGAAGGUGGUGUCCAAAUGUUUAUAUGUCAGAUUGUGAUAACUAUUGCAAUUGCAAGCAAAUUUGGAGUUGAUGGAAACCCGGGUAUAUUGCCCAAGUGGUAUGCUAUUAUCGUUGUGGUUGGCAUUUGUGUGUACGUGGCAGGAUUUGCAUGGUCUUGGGGUCCUCUUGGGUGGUUGGUGCCCAGUGAAAUUUUCCCCCUUGAAGUACGAUCUGCUGCUCAAAGUAUUAAUGUUUCAGUUAACAUGAUCUUCACCUUUGCCAUUGCUCAAAUUUUCACCACAAUGCUCUGCCAUAUGAAGUUUGGACUCUUUAUCUUCUUUGCAUUUUUUGUUUUGGUGAUGACUGCAUUCAUCCGCAAGUUUCUACCAGAAACUAAAGGGGUUCCAAUUGAAGAAAUGUCCGUUGUGUGGCAGAAGCACCCUUAUUGGAAAAAAUUUGUUAAACCUGUUCAAGACUCCGAAUGUUAG